UCCCCGCGCGGGCUGCAGAUGUCGGACCGCCUGGCGUCUGAGGGGCCGGGCUUUUGGAGUGCCGCAGCCCGCCGAGGGUCGGCGGGCGGCGUCGGGGACGGCCCAGGAGUGGAGGGAAGCCAGGAGGCCGUCUCAGAGAAUGAAGAUCUAGAAAAAACCAAGACCACUUCUUCAUUGGAUUCUGCCUCUGAUACAGUACUCCAUUCCUCACCUCACAGGCCACAGAUGGUGUCUCCAGGGAGUAAGGAUGCCACGAAAGAUCUGCGGAAAGCAACCAGUACCUUGGAGAACAAGGCUUUGGGGGAGCAGGGUUUACUGCCUGCAGACCAGGCCCAGGUCCUCAACGAGAUGGCCAAGUACCAAGUUCCAAAAAGAUCUGGGGACAUCGUUAUGAUCCAGUCUGAGCACACAGGAGCUAUCGAUGUUCUUUCAUCUGAUUUGGAAUCUGCAGAUCUUCUGGGGGAUCACAGGAAAGUCUCCCCGCCUCUGAUGGCGCCUCCAUGCAUCUGGACCUUUGCCAAAGUGAAGGAGUUCAAAAGCAAGCUGGGAAAAGAGAAGAACAGCCGUCUGGUGGUGAAGCGCGGUGAGGUGGUGACCAUCCGGGUACCUACCCAUCCAGAGGGGAAGCGUGUCUGCUGGGAGUUUGCGACUGAUGACUAUGACAUUGGCUUUGGAGUUUAUUUUGACUGGACCCCUGUAACAAGCACUGACAUAACUGUGCAGGUCAGUGACUCCAGUGAGGAUGAGGAGGAAGAAGAGGAUGACGAGGAAGAGAUCGAAGAGCCCGUCCCUGUGGGAGAUGUGGAGAGAGGUUCCAGGAGCUCCCUGCGGGGUCGCUAUGGGGAGGUCAUGCCUGUGUACCGGCGGGACAGCCACCGAGAUGUGCAGGCGGGCAGCCAUGACUACCCUGGUGAGGGCAUCUACCUGCUCAAGUUUGACAACUCCUACUCCCUGCUACGCAACAAGACUCUCUACUUCCACAUCUACUACACUGGCUGAAGGGUGCUGGGAUGGGGCAGGCGUGUUUGCUGGCUGAAGCAGGCUGCAAGCUGGUGCCUCUUGUUUUGGAUAGGCAAGAGCUGAAAGUCUGUGUGAGGCUCCUGGGCCUCAUGCCCCGCCUGGCAUGCCUGACUGUUGACCCCACAUAGCCUUUUCCCUUUCUCGGCUUCUGCAGUUGAUGGUGUAGCGUCCCUGUUCUGUGGUCCCUGACUCACGCUCUUGUUGCUUCAGAUUCCAGAAAACCCCUCUCUGAAGGCACUUACCAGGCAAAAGCCUAAAAGGAAGUAGAAUGUUUCCUUUUAAAAACAGAUUUGUGGGGCCAGGGGUAUAGCUCAGUGGCACAGUGCCUGCCUGGCAAGCAUAAUGUCCUGAGUUUGAUUUCCGGUACCCACACACACAAAAAAUAGAUUUGUGUUGGUAUAAGGCUUAUCAUUCAGAUUGUUGCUUGCUCUUGAAAUGUCAGUGCAUUCGGUGGUGCCUGCCCUCUUUACUUUUUGAGAUGCCAGAAGAGGGAAAAGCACAUUGUUCGUGAUGGAGCCCAAUGUCUUGGGUAGAGAAAGCUCUGUCCAGCUUCUUACCACUGCCAUAUUCCUGCCUGCUGGGUAUUCCUGGUCUCUGAAACAGGCUGAGAGACCUCACUGCCUUGGAAGAAUAUUAUUCUUGGUAGUUAGACUCUUUUUUUCUCUUUCCUAAAUCUGUGUUUUUGCCAUACAGCAAGAACUUUCAUGCAAUCUAAAGUGAUGAUCAGUGUAACCUAAGAUCUUCUGGGAAGAAAAUUGGCCUCCAUCACUUCUUGUUUCAAGAACUCGUUUCCUUUACCAAGGGUACCAGAAAUUGAAAGCAGAAAGGGUGGGAAUUAGGUACUGAAUUGAUCUCAGAACCUACACCUUUGAAAGUCAAGUAUGACUCAGUUUUAAAAAUAUAUACAAUUAAGGAAGGAAUGAUACCAUUUGAGAGUGAAACUUAAAAAAACACUCCAGAUUCCCUACUUUUCUUUCUUCCUGUGUUUAUGGUAAGAGUAUUAUUAGAAAUUUUGUAUUGGAAUCAAAUGGAGUGCAAUUCAAUCAGGUUUCCAAAGUUUCUGGUCUUAGGACAUUUGGAUUGCAGGCUUAAAGCUUUUAAGCUGGUUAAAGUCCCUUAGGAAAGGUGGUAAUGAAACCUCACAGCUGCUGCUGAUUGUAUGUGUUCUUUAUUUGACCAAAGCUUGCAUUUCCCUGGUGACAGCCUUCCUUAUACUGUUCACCCUGAGGCUCAGGAGUCAGGGCACAGGGCACAGCUGGUGCUAUGCCCAGCGACCGGGUCCCAGGUGCCAGGGCCUCGGGUGGAGAAGGAGCACCAGAUGAGGUGGGGCCCUCAGUAAUCAAGCUGUACCUCCUUAUUUCUUAAUCCUGUGUUAAGUUUGUUACUCCCUUCCAAUCUUGAAUGAUUCGAUUUAUUUAUUACUUUAUUUAUUUUAGCAUGUUUCAUUUUGCUUUCGAAGCCGUUCCCAUCUGUUUCUCAGAAAGCUUCCCAUCUGCUCGGAGCCACAAAGGCCACUGCCUUUACAGAGGUAAAAUGAUGAUUGUAAAAGAAUUUGGGAAGUGAUUAAGUUCAUUCUCGCAGGUCAGUCCUGUGAUACUUUGGGAGGAGUCUGCCUUUCAGGCAUGGGUGACUGUAGCCUAGCCCAUGUUUAGGGACAGCCCAUUGCCCCCUGUGAGCAAUUCUAAAUUGUGAGGGAGUCUGCCCAUUUGCUGGGAUUUGAGAAUAGAGGAACUGACUCGCCAAUCCCAUGACUAGUUAGUCACUGAUUCCAGGGUUUCAUAGUCCUCUGUUUCACACUGUUUCCUUUGGCAGUGCCGUCAUUCUAUGGACGCCUCACAUUCUCCUCUCUAUAGAAGCAAUCACUGGAACAGCAGGACACUCAGUAGUUCCAUGGUAGCAUAUUGUCAGGAACAAAGCACAGUACAUCUGCCCCUCUGUUCCGUAGGAGCAGAACCCAAAUAGGAUAGUGGGUUUUGGAUUGCCAUAACAUUCCCCUUCUCUCAGCAGCAUCACACUUCCUUUAUUUUAUCACCAUAGAUGCAUUUUGUAGAAGAUUCCACUGGCCAAAAUGUAUAUACAUUGCGAUAAGUUAUUUUAGUGACUGUUUGGGCAGUGAAAAGCAAACUUGCUGUGCAUCAGAUAGCUGGGGGACUCUUUUUAUCACCGAAACUAAAUCAUGCCUUAGCUAAUUGAAUAUAAACUUUGUAAAAUAAUUUUCUACUGAGCUGUUUUCCAGUCAGUGAAAGCCACACUUAUUUUUCCUGUUUAUUAUCAACUUCAAACUUUCUUUCAAAAUGGAACAUCAGGUCAUACAGAGUAAGCUCCCAAGCAUAGCACAAGUUAAUUUUUCCUUUUGCCAUGGGAUUGUCUUUGCGUAUUUUCUUUUGAAUCCUAGUUUUGUUGCAUGAGGGGAAUAUGAAGACUUGUUCUCCUCACUUGCGUGUGCCUCUUGUCUGGUCCCUCUUGAAGUCCUCAACAUUGUUAUAUUACAUUCCUUACUGCUUUUUUGUUUUUUGUUUUUGUCAGUGGGGUUUCUUUGUUCCAUUAGCACAAAAUAACUAGAGGAAGAUAUUUUAACAGUCAUUAUUCUCAUACUAAGUUUCUAAAAAUAUUGAACUGUAGGAACAAAAUUUAAUUUACUGAAUUACAGGUAAUUACCGAGAACUUAUGGCCCAGAAAAUUCUACAGGUAGUUGCUUCUUCAGUCCUUUCCUGUUUAGUUUAUAGAACGAGUGAAAAAUCAUUUGCCUUCAUGCCUUCCCUGACUUCUAGAGCACAAAUAAUUAUUAAGAAACAGUUAAAAGAAAUUGCUUAAUAAUAGGGCAGAGAUUGGAAUUCUUUACACAGAAUGACUAAGUUCUUUUUUGUUUGUUUAGUUUGCUACUUUGUUGAGAGCUGAAACUUCUAGAAAGGAAGACUUUUUUUUCUUUUUUCUUGAGAUAGGGUCUCACUGUGUAGUUCUGGCCAGCCUUGAACUUGUUAUGUAGCCCAGACUGGAGGCUGGCCUCAAACUCCGAGUAAUCCUCCUGCCUCAGCUUCCUGAGUGCAGCUAUUGCAGGCGUGUGCCAUCAUGCCUGACUAAGAAGAUAUAUUUAUUCACUUAUUUAUUUUGGUAUAGGAAUCGAAUACAUGACUUUGAGCUUGCCAGGCAGAUGCUGUGCCCCUGAGCUCCAUCCCCACCCCAAGAAGACAUAUUUAAAGUGUUAACUUUUUCCAGAAUUUUUUGGGUGAAAAUUCUCAAUAAAUAAAAAAGUAUAAAUACACAUGCAUGUGGCACAUUGAAUUUAAAAUUAUCAACUGCUAAUUUUUUUUCUCAGUCUCACUGUGUAGCCUAUGCUGGCCCCCAACUUGCUGUGAUCCUCUUCUCUCACCUCUAGAGUGCUGGGAUUGCAGGUGUGUGCCACCAUGUCUGGUCCAACUGCUAAUUUAAUUUUUUUGUUUUGUUGUGGUUUGGUUUGGUUUUUUGAGACAGGGUCUCACUAUGUAGUUCAGGCUGGCUUUGAACUCACUGUGUAGCUAGGCUGUCUCAAGGUGAUCAUCUUGUCUCAGUGUCCCAAGUGCUGGGAUUAUAGAUAUGCACCACUAUAUUCAGCUUUAAAUGCUAAUUUUUAAAUAAGGAUGAUUUCAACACAUUUCUUUUGACAAGUGUCCAAUUAGAGAAUGUUCUGUGUUAGAGAGCCUGGGUUUUUAGCAGGCCUGUUUCAUCAAUGUGGCUUACUUGGGGUGUCACUGAUCUGGUCCCUUUUUCAAAACUUAAUGCUGACUUCUCCUUCCUCAGGCUGUGAUCACCACCAUUUUCCUUUCUAACUAGCGUGUCAGUGUGAAGGUACUUGAGAAGCUGCUCUGGAGACUUUUAUUAUAUGUUGCUUUGUGACACAUCCUCAGGAUUCUGAAAUUCAAACUAAAUGCUUAACAUGUAGCUUUAUUACAGAAGUAGAUAGCAAGUUGAAAUUAGAAUAUUUUUUCAUAAUGAAUUGAUUCAUGCACUUUAAAAAUAUUUUUAUCUGUUAUUUAGGAAAGCAAAGUAGACUUGUAAAAGUGUCUAUAAAAGUCUCAUUAUAAUAUAGAUAUGGAAGAAUUGCAUCUGUAAGCUCAUUAAGUCUUAUGUUAAUCAGUGGAAUUAGUACUGUGAAAUUUAUAACACAGAAUUUUUGCAGAGCCCCAGUCUAGUCCCUCAUAAGAAGAUUAAGUAAAAUCCAAACUGUAAAGUCUGUAUUUUGUAUAUAUUUUUAAAGACCAUUUCUCUGCAAAAAAAAUUACCUUUUAACCUCAGAGGCUGUGGUUUUAAGGUACAGAGUUGAGUAACUUCAACAUAUAUGAAAAAGAUUUUUAUUUCAGUGGAGAGAGAGGUAGGCACAAACUAAGUAAUUUUGUGCCACCUGAGAACUGCCUUUUCAGCUGAUAGCAAGGACUGAAAACAGAAAGAGAAAGCAGAGCUCUCAGAUAUAUCCAGGAACUUUGCUUCUUCUAUCCUGAUUGACUUUUGAUGUGUUACUUUGCAUUCUGUUCAUUAUAAUUGUUCUUUAACCUAAAAGUCUUACUGGUUCUCCUUGUGUAUAUUAAGAAUCUCCACAUCCCUUUAUGGUCUUUCUGACAGAAUCAACUAGAAACUCUCUUCUUUUUGCAGUACUGGGAAUCAGGUCCAGCCCUUUUUAUUUUUUAUUUUGAGACAGAGCCUCACCGAGUCACCCAGACUGGGCUCCCAUUUGUGAUCCCAGUGCUGGCAUUAUAGGCACACACCACUACACUCAGCUCCAUCUAGAAAUACUUUUGAGGGGCUGGGGAUUUAGCUCAGCGGCAUAAGCGCCUGCCUUGCAAGCAGGCAGUCAUGAGUUCGAUCCCUGGUAUCGAUCAAAAGGAAAAAAGACCAAAAAAGAAAGAAAGAAAGAAAGAAAGACUUUUGAAUAGGACUCCUCUGAAAAGCAUAAUUCUGACCUGAGGGAUGAUUUUGUCUCUCUGUUCUUUGGAAUUUAUGAGACUAGAGCCAUGAAAAAAAUAGUGGAAUUAGAAAAAGGCUUAGAGGAGUUAAUUCCAUUUGUGGUACUAUCACCACAACUGGUUUUGGAUACAGCCAAGAGGAUGAAAUAAUUUCAUUUUGGUUAUUAUUACCUAAGAGUCUAAAACUAUAUGAGUGGUUUUGGGUAAUGGGUGGGCCACUGGAAUCUCACUGCCUUGGCAUUUUUAAUCUCUGUGAGAUGAGUGGACACAAAGCAGUAAGUUGAACACACCACACACAGACUUUUGUCCCUCAUAAGACUUCUAUUUAGUUUCCCUUAGGGAAUAAAAGGUCCCCAUCAACUUAAGUAGUUUUUUUUUUUUUUUUUCAGAGUGUUUAACUGGUUUCUGUCUAGGUAUAAAAUGCUGGAAAAGGGAAGAGCAGCCAUCCCUGCAGAGUCUUGGUGUUUCUGUCUGAAGGAAAGUAAUUCCAUUUUGUUGCUGUGUGAGGGGAAGCUUGUUAAAGGAUGUAUGUUCUUUAUAGAGAAUAAGUCCUUGUAGCCAUUGUAUGUUUGUGGAAUCAGGGAGUCAUCACAUAUGCUCAGGGAGUCAUCACAUAUGCUGCUUUGGAGAGCAGGGAGUGAGUAUGAAAACCAGUCACAAGUAUCUGCUUUCCAUUGACCCAAGUACUCCUCCCCACCCCCACCGUGGCCUCUUUUUGGGAAUGGGAGACAUUCAGGCAAGAAAUGCCUUGGCUUUGUGUGUAUAUCUGGUGAUGGUCAGAGGCAGCCCUUUGCUCUGUGAAACUCAUCUAGCACCUAUGGAAAAUCCCUAAAUACCAUCUCAGCUAUUGGUAAAUGAUGAGAUUAGGCCUCAGUAUCUGACCCAAAGUUUAGAAAAUUUUGCUAAGCAUUGUAUAGCCAGAUUUCAGAGUCACUCCUCUCUGGAGUAUGCAUUGUCCCUGCUUGAACCAGGAGGGUUACACAGAGGCUAUCCUGUUUGAAUCCCUUUUAUGGAAGUUAGGCAAACACAAUUAAUGGCCCAAAGCCUGAUAUAGUAUAGAUAGCAUGGCUCAUUUAGAAAUUUUAAUUCCUUAUGAACUAAGUCCAAAGGCAAGACAAGUGGCUUUGAAGUUGUUUGUAAUCCUAGUCACAGGUUUGAACUCAUGAUCCGAUUGCUGUUAUGUGUACCAGUUUUUCUAGGCCGCAGGCAUGUAGACCACAUUUCAUGUCAUUCUCUUCUUCAUUCUAAGACAGGGAGAGUGAACCUUUUUGAGCUUUCAGUGACACAUUUCAGUGAUAUCCCCUGCAGCACAUGUACUGUAGGUUCACCACCACUAUUGUAAAAUAUGAUGAAAAGCCAUCCUAGAAGUCUAAAUGUCGGGUAUUGUUAUGAAAUUUCACAAUUUUCUUAUCGUUUUACCAGAUAGUUCUGUUUAUCUAAGUGUAAAAUAAUAUAUAUGAAAUUACUUUCAGGGACUAUAUUUUCUAAAUUCUGAUAUGAGAUUAUAGACAAUUCUGAAGUUUUGGGUUGAAAUAUGAUAGUAUAUAGCAGUGAUGGUAAACCUUUUAGAACUUUCAAUGAUACACUGCAGCGUGUGUGCCAUAGGUUUGCCAUCACUGGUAUAAUAGUAUAUACCAAUGGUACACCAGUGGUACGUAGUAUUAUUGACGAGCCUUUAAUUCCCUGUUAGUUUAAGGGUCUGUCUUCUUGAACUUCAUCUCUCAGGGUUGAAAUGCCUAGUCUGUAGUAUUCUUUGUUAGAGAUUGUUAUUGUUGACUUUAGAUUCAGGCCAUGAAUCAUCUAGAAAAUAUCUUAAUCCCGUCUCUUAUGUCCUAAAUUGUACAUUUUACUUAAGUCCAUGUUUAAAAUACCACUUGUGUCUCUUCAGAGAUUUUUGUCCCAUGAGUGAAUUAGCUUCCAUUGAACCAAGCUGAGUUAUUUCCAUUUAGCCAUGUUAGAGAACAAGUAAAGUCUCCAGAAAGCAAUCCUAUGACCCAUGACUCUGGUAUGCCCAUUUUUCCUUAAUAAUAAUGGGAAGUGUUUCGAAAUUUCCAGAAGAAAUGCUGGGAUGCUUUGAAUUUUUAAAAAAAUCAUCUGUGAAGGGGUUGGGGAUUUAGCUUAGCAGCAUAAGAACCUGCCUUGCAAGCAGGCAGUUGAGAGUUCGAUCCCCAGUACCGAUUAAAAAAAAAAAUCAUCUGUGAAUGCUUUAUAAUCAAAAUAGUGCAUUCUAAGAAAGACUUUGGCCAGGAUAAUGGGAAAACAGGGAGGUGCUUGAAGAUUUUCUAAACUACCUUAUGCCAUUUAGCUUAUAUUUCUGAAAGCUCUGCUUGUUGCUAUGCACUCUUCUAUUAGUUGAUUGAAAGUGUUUCCUUGGUCAAUAUUUAAGCAGUUGCCAACUGUGAAGAUAGUCUUUCUAUUCUACAGUGUACAUGGAUGCUGACAUUAAAAAGAGGAUUUUGAAGGGAAACUAUACCAUAGCAUUUUUUCUUUAAAAUACAAAAACAACCACUAAUCAUCUAUUUUAGACACCUUGUUUUAUAUAUCACCCUACCUUGAGGAAUGUGUCAACAUCAACAAUUUCUAUGUUAAGAACCCCAAAUUGUUGCUUAUGUCCUACUGAGUGGUUUUUUUUUUUUUCAUUUAAAAUACCAGAUUUUAUUACCCUGUGGCACUGAAUGUGUUGUUGUGAUAAUAUUCUAUCCUGAGUUAUGUUCUUUAAGUAGUUUGGUUCUUGUGGUUUUAUAUUAUGUAACAAUUUUGUGACGCUUUUGUGCAUUCUUUGUCUUCAGAGUUUUGAAAUCUGUCAUAAAUAAACUUUUUCACUGUGCAACUGAAA